GUCGAUUACAAAAUCACAAAAUGCAAAAUUAAAAUUUGUUUUUACUUUUAGGUUAAGUUGAACUCAAUUUUUAGUGCAGUAAAAUAUAUUAAAAUACAUUAUAUCAAUUUAUCAGGGCACUAGAGCAGUUUUUAAUUUAAAUCUUAAUACUCUACAUGUGUAGAUUAUUAAAUUAAUAGAACAUUUUUGAGGAAUCCUUGAAUAGUAAGGUUUUUAUCAUUUCAGUAUUUUGUUUCUCAUUCGUUCUAAACAGUUGAAAUUUAUAACGCAACACUGCAAACAAUUCAACUAUUUAUUAUCACAGCUAUGUAAAAACGAAAAAAUCCUAUCAAUCACAACCUCAUACAACUUUUCACACUACAUCAAUUUAACAAUGAACGAGGACACUAAAAAUAGAUUACCAAAUGAUGAGGCUCUUUUGAAACAGAAGAACUCCGAAUGCAACAGCUCUUUCUCCAAAGAUGAAACUACAACUACAAAGACCGAUGGAAAGAAAAAAUCCUCAUUUAAUGAGAGUAAAAGUAGCAGUUCAGACUCGGAAAGUGUAACUUGGCGAGGAGUUAGUCUGAAGUCGUUGAGAAGCUCUAAACCUCCGAAUUGGUCCCCGUCCGUAUGUCCCAAAGAGGCACACACUGUUCUAGUCAAGGUACCGUUGAAGUCCAUCCCAGAGCCAUACCCAGAUAGACCCGUCGAUGUCUGGGAUAAGGACCAUGUUCGAAUGCCAUGUUCUCUCCAUAGUCUUUCUCCAAUAUCAAAGACUGAACUAAGAAAGCGAUGGGAGUUGAUCAACGCUGCCUUUUCAAAGCCCAUCACAUCCAGUCAUCAACUGGAAGCCGCCAUACAUAGUUAUAAUACCAAAUAUGCGCAACGCUGGAAUUUCGAAUCGCUGCAUUACUUUUUCAAUACGACACUGGAAGAAGAGGAAUCGGAAUACUUUUUCGCGCAAGUGUUGCCGCAAGUGAUCAAGUUGGCACUGGCACUGCCCGAGACAGUGACGGGGGCGAUCCCCCUACUGCGCAGGCGCCGCACCCACUCGAUCACCCUCAGCCAGCGUCAGAUUGCCAGCCUGCUGGCCAAUGCCUUCCUCUGCACCUUCCCCAGGCGCAACACAGCCAAGUCUCUGUCUGAGUACAGCUCGUUUCCCGACAUCAACUUCAACCGCCUUUUCAGUGCUGGUGGUCGACAAGAUAAUAUUCAAGAAAAGCUGAAGUGCCUUAUCAAUUACUUCAGAAGAGUUUGCACCAAAUGUCCAGAAGGACUAGUGACAUUUUCGAGGCAUCAUGUGCCCGAAAAUCAGCUCCCAGUAUGGAGCAAGUCGAAAGCGGUGUUGCCACUUCUCCACGUCACAAGUGAUGGAACCAUUGAGGACGAGGGCAGCGGAAUGCUCCAACUAGAUUUCGCCAAUAAAUACAUUGGUGGUGGAGUAUUAGGACGAGGAUGUGUACAGGAAGAAAUCAGAUUUAUCAUUUGUCCUGAACUAAUUGUUGCCAGACUUUUUACUGAAUGUCUAGAUGACACGGAAGCACUUAUAAUUACAGGUGUGGAAAGGUACAACCUGUACAGUGGGUACGGCAGCACAUUCCGGUGGACAGGCAACGUUGUGGAUCGCACACCACGUGACCAGUUCGGCCGCCGCAGCUGCGUCCUCGUCGCCAUUGACGCAUUCAACUUCCAGCGAGCCAGCAAACAGUACUCCACGCAGUGCAUUCAGCGCGAACUCAACAAGGCGUAUGCUGGUUUUUCGUGGGGGUGCAGCAACCUGAGGUGCGUAGCGACGGGCAAUUGGGGCUGCGGCGCGUUCGGCGGCGACGUGCACCUCAAGGCAGUGCUGCAGCUGAUGGUAGCCGCACACACGCACCACCACGCACUCGUCUACUUCACGUUUGGCGACGCCACGCUCACGCGGCAAUUGCACGACAUGCAUCGCUGUCUCCAACAGGCUGGCGUUACUGUCGGAUUACUAUGGAAAAUGCUGAGUGAAUAUGAAGGCUCAGUCGACGGAAAUGAUGUAGAUCUCUUCACAUACCUCCACUCCGCUGUCGCCAGAAAUCAAGCUCCUCAAGCUGAGAAGUCGGUGACGAAACCUGAGGUUGACUCAACCAAAGCAAUGGAAGAGAAUGACAGUAUGGGUUUGAGUACCGCUGAAAUGAACUCAAUCCUGGCCGAAAUGGACAAAGAAGAGGAGAAAAUGGAACUGGAUGAAGUGACAGAGAAAGGAUCAGAGCAGAAAGCGGCUCCAUCGAAAGGAGAACCGAUGGAAGUGAAAACCUAUUGUGUCAAAUCUCGCGAAGGUCAAGAAUUGUGCUUGCGUAAGCAGAAUGAUAGUUGGACUAGGAUUGAAAAAUCUAAAGAAGAUUUCACGGCUAGUGAAAUUGUUGACGAUUCUCCUGACACCAGUUUCAGUUCUGAAAAUGCUUCGAAAACUUCUAAGAAGAUGCCAGGUAUGAAAAGGAAAAUAUCGGAUUAUUUCACUACUGUACAAAAAAGUUGAUUCCAACAAGUAUUAUUGUCAAGUUUUGUAUAAAGGUUUUUGCUGUUUUAUAUUAUGCUUUUUAAUGAUAACUUUUGAAUAACGGAUUUCAUUGUAUAAGUUUUGUAUAUAAAUGUUUAUUUUAUUGAACUUGAAGCUGGUGUUCUUGAAUAUAUUUCGACAAAACAGAAAAAUCUUAAAUUUCUAGGAAAACUGUUUUUGUUGUGAAAAAUACUGCGAAAGCUUCCAAGAAGCUAGCGGAAAUAAAAAAAACAUAACCAUUACUUCACCUCUUAAUAAUUUGAUUGAACAGAUUUCAUUGUAUAGUUUUGUAUAAAUGUUUGUAUUUUACAUGAGGCCUUUCAAUGAAAGUUUUGGAUCUAUAAUACAUUCCGAUAUGACAGAGAACUUAUUUAAAAAUACUUAUAUAAAAACAUGUUCUGUUCUGUUAACAUGCUACAAAUAAAUAUCUUCCUGGCAUGAAGAAUAGAAUAUCAGUAUUUUGCACAAACUGUACAAAAUAUUAUUUCAAAUAUGUGUAUUCUUACUUUUUUUGGGGCCUUUCAAUAAUAGUUUUUGGUUUACAAAUUUUAUUGGAUAGUUUUGUAUAAAUGCUUUUCAUUAUUUUCGAUGAGGCUUUCCAAUUAAAUUUUGUGAUCGGAUUAUAUAUAAUUUUUCAAACAUUACCACAUAACAGAGAAUCUAUGUUUUUCACCGCUGAACAUGAAACAUUUGUUAUGAAAACAUCAAUGAUGUCAUAAAAAUAACUAUUACUUCACUAUUGUAAAAAAGGUUAGCCUACUUCCAACUACAACUGUGAUAACAUUUUUCAUUUGAUAGUUUUAGAUGUGUUUAUUUUUCAUAUAACGCAUUUUAAUGAUGAGUUAAAUCUGUUAUACAUUAUAACAAACAGAAUAAUCUCCAAUUAAAUCUGUAAAGAACUGAUUUGAGCGACUAUUUUGACAGAAAUCUUCUUAGUUGUGUAUCAUUUUCUGUUUUCAAGUAUUCUAUAUGACCAAGAUAGCCAAGAAUAGCUCCGUUUACAUUAAAUUUGUACCUAACGCUUCAAAAGAAUAUUACAGUAAAUCACAAUUCAGCAGACAAAAUCAAAUCUUCCAAAAUAUGUGUACCUUACUUUCAUAAACAAUUGACCUCAUCUUUACUGUUCGAAUUAUUUUUGUGAAAAUGAUUGUUGUGUAGAUCACGCCUUGUAAUCAUAGCUUAGAAUUAACAAAUGUUUUGACACCAUCUUUCAAAAAGAGGGGAAAUUGAUAUUACUGUAAUACUGAAAUUAUGUCCUAGCUAGAUAUUAGUUAAAUAUUAUUUGGUUGUUAAUUGUUGUUUAGUUGUAAAUAAUGGUUUAUUUUUAACCACAUAUUUAUUUUCAUUAGUAGUUUCUUGGAAAAUAAAUUAAGUACACUUGA